GUUCAGCGAUUUUUGACUAGUUUUGUUGCUAGUCUGUUGCGCGCACGUGCCGCCGGCUCCUCCAAUCAGCUAAACCCGCCGCCGCGCGCCUGUCCGACCCUUAUUGCCACGAUCAGUGAGCGCAGCUGGCUGGUCUCGUUCCGAGUGUACCUGUCGUCUGCAAACGGCAGAGUUCGGCCUGACUGGGGGUCCUGGGUCAGCAGAACCAGCUGGAAGCCAGAAUUAAGGUGUCCUCAGCGGGGGGCAGACACUCGACCAGGAGGAGCGAUGAGUUCCUACAUCCCCUACAUCAAAGAAGAACCCCUUACAAAGCAGGAAGCCGCAGCUCCUGCUGCUCUGCUCCCAACGGGGAUGAAACGACCUUUGGAGGAGGGCAACAGAGGCCACGCCCACUAUUACAAACCCAGGAGGAAGCGCCAGCGGCUCUCUCUGCCUAAGAACGCCCUGGAGCAGCUGAACGAACUCCGGCCGGGCCUGCAGUACACGCUGCUGAGGCAAAGCGGGCCGGUCCAUGCGCCGCUCUUCGUCAUGCAGGUGGAGGUCGACGGGCGGUUUUUCCAGGGGGCGGGUCUUACCAAGAAGAAGGCCAAGCUGAGCGCGGCGGAGCAGGCUCUGCAGUCCCUGCUGCAGGUCUGCAGCACGGCUCAAGCACCCAGACGCCUGUCUGUCCCCACAGACUUUACAUCUGACCCGUCAGAUAUUCCCAGCAUCCUCUCCAAGGCCUCUGAGUUGUCCGGCCCAAACGACGACCUUUCCGACCCGGGCCUGCAGACACCUCCUAUUUCCUCCAGCCCCAAGAAUUCGGUCAUGCUGCUCAACAAGAUGCGCCCCGGCCUCAUGUACCUGGUCUCUAAAAUCAGGGAGGGCCACACCCUGAAGUUUGUGGUGUCCUUGACGGUCGACGCCCAGACGUUUCAGGGUUCUGGCAGGAACAAACGGCUGGCCAAAGCCCGGGCGGCGCAGGCUGCUCUGCGGGCGCUCUUCAACCUGCAGCCCGAGCGGGAACCGUCCCGAGAGCCCGUACCCCGGGAGGGGCCGCAGCUCCACCUGCCACAGGUCCUGGCAGACAGCGUCUCUCGCCUGAUUCUCCAAAAGUUCAGCCAGCUGUCUUACAACUGCAAGUGUCCACAUGCUAAGCGGAAAGCCCUCGCAGGCGUUGUCAUGACAACGGAUGAAGGGGUGGAGCAGGCGAGGGUCAUCUGCAUAUCAACGGGGACACAGUGCAUCGAUGGAGAACACCUGAGCGAGGACGGUUUGACUGUCAACGACUGCCACGCCGAGGUGGUCGCCCGCCGCUGCCUGGUCCGCUUCCUGUACUCCCAGCUGGAGCUUUUCCUGAGUGAGGAUGAGGAGCACCACCAGCAGUCCAUCUUCAGAAGAGGCGAGUGUGGGCGAGGCUUCAGGCUGAAGGACAAAGUUCAGUUCCACCUGUACGUCAGCGCUUCCCCUUGCGGGGACGCCUGCAUUUUCUCCCCCCACGACACGGGGGUGGAGGGUUCGGGCGACGAACCCCUGAGCAGAAGGACCCGUGGGGUUCUGCGCACCAAAGUCCAGACUGGGGAAGGGACCGUCCCAGUUCCCUGGAAGGAACCCCUCCAGACUUGGGAUGCGCUUCGACGGGGGGACAGGCUGCUCACCAUGUCCUGCAGCGACAAAAUGGCCAGGUGGAACGUGUUGGGGUUCCAGGGCUCCCUGAUGAGCUACUUCACCGAGCCGCUGUACUUCUCCAGCAUCAUCGUGGGCAGCCUGUACCAUGCUGCGCACAUGUCCAGGGCCAUGUACGGCAGGAUCGGUCCGUUGGAGGGCCUGCCGCCAGGUUUCUGCCUCAACCGGCCGCUGCUCAGCGGAAUAAGUAACCCAGAGGCCCGGCAGCCCGCAAGAGCUCCACCCUUCAGCGAGAACUGGACUGCAGGUGACGACGAUGUGGAGGUGAUUGACUCCACCACGGGGAAAGAAGAAAUGGGUGGACCGUCAAGACUCUGCAAACGCGCCUUUUACUGCCGCUGGAUGCAGCUGCACAGCAGGCUGUCCUCCUUCCUGCGGGUCUCAGCCCCGCCGCCCAGCAGCUACCACCAGGCUAAGCGGGCGGCCGAGGAGUACUGCUCCGCCAAGCACACGCUCUACAGAGCUUUGGCUGACGCUGGACUGGGCAUCUGGGUCAAGAAGCCCGCAGAGCAGGACCGGUUCUCCCUGAGCAGCUCCUGACUCCUUUCAGAUGAGCUUCCUGGUUGCCAUGGAGACGGGACUGGCAGCAGACCCAGCAGUCCAAAAAUGGAUAUCCUCAGUUUUACCUUGUUUCUGACUGACAUGUGCAAAGUCUUCUGGCUGACGCAACAGCGCCACCUGCAGGAGGGGAGCCCUCGUACAUGGAAAUCAUUCAGACCAUUUGUUUAUUAGGAGGAAAAAAGAAUUAAAUGUUUGAUCUUUUUUAUGUUCUGUUAAGCUUU